UUUGGAAUUGUGAGAUGAAAUUCAAGCAAAAUCGCUAAAAAUCCAAAAAAUAAUCGUUCAUUAAGGUCAAAAAUAGUAAAAUUUCGUUUAGUAUCCGUACUAAAAGCUGAAGAAUUUGAAAUUCAUCAAAAAAUCUCACCAAAAAGGACGAAAUCUGGACAAAAAACGUGAUUUGAAAUCAUGGCACCAAAAAAGAACGCGUACUUUUACUACAUGAUCGAGUUCCAACGCAACCAAAAGGCUCGCGGACAUGAAAUUUCGAUCGCCGAAGCAAGUACAAUGGCCUCAAACUCUUGGAAGAAUUUGACUGACGUUGAAAAGGAAAAGUACAAAAAAAUGGCAAAAGCGGAAAAUGAGAAGACAAUUGGUCCUCCAAAAAGCCAGGCAGCAUGCGUGGCAGCUAGAUCGGUGUACACUGCACAAGGAAUCCCGCUGAGAAUGGUCGAAGCCGAGGAGAAACGCAAGUUGGAAGCCAAAAACGAGGUCAACCAAAUCAUUCGGAAGAUGUUGCUGGACGGAAAACGAGGACUUGGCAUCGAUACCAUCCAAUUUAGCUUCAUCCACAUGAACAUGUUCUUCGAAAAUUUCCCGUGUGAGUUGGCAGUUUCCAAAUUCUCCAUCGAUCGUGGUGUUUUUGGCACGUACCACACUUUGAUCAAGGUCGAUAAGCUUCCCCUGGGUGCCGCUUUCGAAGCAAAAACGCAAUCUGAGAAGGUUCAUGGACUUCCGGUGCCUCCCUCUGCCAUCGGAAACGACGAUCACUACUCGAUCCUUUACGAUUUGCGGACUUUUGUUGGUACGGGUCUCAAAGCGAUGCUCUUUUGUCGCCCCGAAGACAUAGAAAAUGUCAAAAAUGGUCUCGCGUACCUCGACAAAGACUGUGAAUCGUCUUCCGAGAACUUUUUGAUCAUCGAUAUCGUGGAACUUUUCUACCAAAUGCACAAAUUAAUUUUUGCGGGACAACCUCUGGGUGAUGUCACAUACGGCGCUGUGAAAAUUAUCCUCGAUCGUGACCCAUUCGACUCUUUUGUGAAAGGAUGCGAGGAACACGACACCUUAGAUCGGAAUGUUAAUUGCUCCGUAUCGAUCACGAAGCGUUUGGCAUACCAAUUUAUCGAUACAUUUGCAAAAACUUUUGGAACCGUGAAGCAAUCGGGAGUUCAUUACCCUGCAACUUUGCAAAAUUUCAAACCGACAAAGGAAGAAGACACGGACGUUGAAUCGUUGAUGCACGAAUUUCACAUUGGCACGUCGGAUGAGACGUCGUCGUGUUACGAGUCUGAAGCCACGUACGAAUCCAAAAUGACAAAGCAAAAUUUGAAUGAUACAAAUCCCUUUAAGACUCACGAUUGGAGCAAAUUUGGCGCACGUCCGAAACAAACGUCGCAAGAUCGAUACGAGGACGAGAGUGAAUUUGAUUGUGCCAAUACGAGUUUCGCUACUGAUCUUUCCGAUGAUGAGGAUAAUUUGAACAUGUCCUUCCAAGCAGCCAAAUUUAAGAAGUUGUUGCAGGAGGUUCGCGAUGGAACCUGGAAAAAAUGAAUUUUCUUACCUUUUUUAUUGAUUUAUUAUUGAAUUGAAAGUGAAAUUAAACAAGUUUUCUUAAAAGCAAACGAAUUCAAUCCAGCAAAUAUAUUUUUAAAAGGUU